AUGCGGGCCACCACAUUCCUUGGCUCGCGCCGUGUGAUGUCUGCCAUCGGCCAGGGGAUGGGCGGGCGUCCAUCUGCCUGGUCGAUCCAACAGGCCGCUCCCGCCUCGCCGUUCCACGCCGCCGCCAGCAGUGGCGGCUGCAGCAGCAGCAGCAGCAGCAGCACCGCCCCCAGCACCAGCAGCAGCAGCAGCGGUUCAUUGCCUUCCGGCCGCCCGUUGCGGGCACGCCUCUCGCGCCGCCUCUCAACAUCGGCGCGUGCAGCCGCUGUGGAGGCUGCGCCUGUGCCGGCAGCGCCGCCGCGCUCCGAAGUGCUCACCGGGGACCCUGCCAACAACGUGACCGACUAUAUCUACUCGAAGAUGGGCACCAACCUGCACCUGCAGCCUGACCACCCGAUCUGCGUUAUCAAGCAGGCCAUCUACAACUACUUCCAGGCAAACCAGCCAGGCCUAUUCAAGACCUUUGACGGGCUGCACCCGGUGGUGUCGGCUCACUCCAACUUUGAUGAGGUGCUGGUGCCCAAGGACCACGUCAGCCGGUCCCCGAACGACACGUACUACGUCAACGCAGACACCGUGCUGCGCUGCCACACCAGCGCCCACCAAGCUGAGCUGCUGCGCCUGGGGCACCCGGGCUUCCUUGUCACCGGUGACGUGUACCGCCGCGACAGCAUCGACGCAACCCACUACCCGGUGUUCCACCAGAUGGAGGGCGUCAGGGUGUUCUCGCCGGACGAGUGGACGGCGGCCGGGCUGGGGCCCACUGAGUUUGCUGAGAGGGAGCUCAAGGCCGCGCUGGAGGGCAUGGCUCGGACCCUGUUUGGUGCCAACAUUGAGUGCCGCUGGGUUGAUGCUUACUUCCCCUUCACGAACCCCUCGUUUGAGCUGGAGAUCUUCUUCAAUGGAAAAUGGCUUGAGGUCCUGGGCUGCGGCGUGAUGGAGCAGGUGAUCCUGGACGCCAACUACCCCGACGGCUCUGGCAAGAAGGCUUGGGCCUUUGGCCUGGGUCUGGAGCGCCUGGCCAUGGUGCUCUUCGACAUCCCUGACAUCCGCCUCUUCUGGAGUGGCGAUGAGCGCUUCCUGCGGCAGUUCAAGGCUGGCGACCUCAAGGCCAAGUUCAAGUCAUACAGCAAGUUCCCACCCUGCUACAAGGACAUGGCGUUCUGGGUCAGCCCCGAGUUUACCGAGAACAACCUGUGCGAGCUCGUGCGCGGUGAGCGAGGGGCAGGAGAGUGGGAGGGGACGCAUUACGGCAGGGUUGGGGCCCUGGUCAAGGAGUCGGACAUGCUGCACUUGGAUGACGACGUUCGGAUGGGCAUCGGUGGCGACCUGGUGGAGGAGGUGACGCUGAUUGACUCGUUCACGCACCCCAAGACGCAGCGCACCAGCAACUGCUUCCGAAUCACCUACCGCAGCAUGGAGCGCAGCUUGACCGACGACGAGAUCAAUGCCCUGCAGGACCGCGUGCGUGAGGGCGUGUCGGGGGAGCUCAAGGUCGAGCUGAGGUAG